AUGGCACCAUUCAACAACACCUUAGUCAAGCACAACGCCAAAGCAUCCGACGACGAUGUCGAACUCCAAGUCAUCGGAGCUGAACCGGGACAUCAUCCAUGCAAGCAGCACUGUCCAUCCUCGGCUUUGCGCCAUGUCAUCAUAUGGCAUCCCUGUUCGAGACACCCGCCCGGAGUGUAGCCUUCCUCGAUGCUCUGAACGGCAAAGCCACAGACUUCCGAGCGCUGAUGGCCGGUUUCCGCGCAACAGUCGACAACCCCGGGUGCGAUCUCGUCCCCGAGCUGAUGGCCGCUUUCCCCAAAGCCAAGGUCGUUCUCGGUUUGCGCGAUUCCCCCGAAGUCUGGUGGAAGUCGUGCAGCGAGACGGUCUACUGCAUGUCAUACACUUCCUACCAGGCUCUUGUCUACCCGAUCCCUUUCCUCGGCCUCCAGUCCCGCGUCGUCACUGCCAUCCUAGAGAACAAGUGGCUGGCACGCUACGGCGUGCUGAGCGGGCCGGAGGUCUACACCCGGCACCGCGCAUUCAUCCGCGACAUCGUCCCCCCCGACCAGCUGCUCGAGUUCAACGUCAAGGAGGGCUGGGAACCGCUGUGCAAGUUCCUGGGCGUGCCCGUGCCGGACGUGCCGUUCCCCCAUACGAACGACUCGGCCGAGGUGAACGCUAAUAUUCGCAUGGCUAAGCUUAUGGGAGUCGCUGCGUGGACGGGGAUCUUGGCGGUGCUAGGAGGAGCGUUUUACUGGGGCGUAAGGGAGGAAGUGUGGAAGACUACGUUCGGUUUCCUUCGCAAGCUUAUCUAG